AUGACGCAGCGGAAAUGCAUACCGAGUGAAAGUGAGAAUUUACAGGUCACCCACACAGGCAAAAUCGGAUUUUUUGCUGCUACGUUCACUUCAGCACUGUGCACGUUCAAUGUGCAAGACUUUCCAUUCGAUGAGCAGAAAUGUGCAGUCAGCAUGAUGUCGCAGUCAUUCAUGCCACAAGAAUAUGGUUAUAAAACCGAACUGGCUCCAGGACUUCUGACCGAUCUGCAUUCGCUGGGUAGUGGCGAAUGGAAGGUGACGAAUAUUUCCGUCUCUUCGCAGUUCUUCGAUACCGGUAGUGAAAGACACGGAUUAUGA